AAGUUUUGGAGAUGGGUUUUGAGUGAGAAGCCGAAUCCAGCUAGAUUCUAAUAUUGUAUUGAACUGAAAAUUAGAUUAUUUAAUUUCUCUAGUCGGACAUUAGAGUAAGUACAAACCAUAAAUCCAAGACAUUAUUGUCAUAAUAAUUUAAAACAAAGCAUCAAUUUUAUGUUCUAUCUUAAUAAAUAACCAAAACGGAACGCAUUUAUACCUCCCUCUCCCUCUCCCACUUCACCUUCCUUCUCCUGCAAUGUACCGUGAUCUUUGAUAAAAACAAUUUCUUGAUUCAGUUUUUAAUCAGAAUCAAUGGUGGGGGGAGAGCCCGCAAACAGUACUGUAGGGAUCAAGGUACAUCAUCAUCCACGGCGAGGAGGGGACAACGUUGUACACCCAGUGGGCCAAUCACCACCACCCUUAUCUAAAGGAUCAACGCCGUUACCAGUGGUAGCGUCUCAUAAUCAGCAGCAAAAUGUGUCGUCAGCCGGCGAGUUUAGGCCGUUUAGACGGUGGUUACCAUGGCUAGUACCGUUAUUUGUGGGGGCUAAUGUUGUUUUAUUUGUUACAACUAUGUAUGUUAAUAACUGUCCCAGCAAUAGCCUGAAGCCAGAAUCUUGUAUUGCCAAGUUUUUAGGGAGGUUCUCUUUUCAACCCAUGAAGGAAAACCCGCUUCUUGGUCCUUCUUCUUCUACAUUAGAGAAGAUGGGAGCUUUAGAUGUGGACAAAGUGGUGGAUGGGCACCAGGCUUGGCGCCUACUUUCUUGCAUGUGGUUGCAUGCCGGAGUGUUCCAUAUACUCGCCAACAUGUUGAGUCUUGUAUUUAUUGGAAUUCGACUUGAGCAAGAAUUUGGAUUUAUCCGAAUCGGGUUGGUGUAUGUCAUAUCUGGUUUUGGUGGGAGCUUGUUGUCAGCCCUCUUUAUUCAGUCAAAUAUCUCCGUUGGUGCCUCUGGUGCACUUUUUGGCCUACUAGGAGGCAUGCUUUCGGAGCUGAUUACAAACUGGACCAUAUAUGCAAAUAAGUUGGCAGCAUUGCUGACUCUUGUUUUGAUCAUCAUAAUAAAUUUAGCAGUUGGAAUCCUUCCACAUGUGGACAACUUUGCCCAUAUUGGAGGGUUUUUUUCUGGAUUUCUUCUUGGAUUUGUAUUCUUGAUUCGGCCUCAGUUUGGGUGGGUUAACCAAAAAGCUUGUCCUCCAGGGUACAUUGCACCCCCAGCUAAAUCUAAACACAAGACCUAUCAGUAUGUACUUUGGGUUGUCUCUGUCAUACUAUUGAUUGUUGGAUUUGCAGUUGGGUUGGUAACACUCCUUCGCGGCACAAAUUUAAAUGAUCAUUGUUCUUGGUGUCAUUAUAUGAGCUGCGUCCCUACCUCAUUGUGGAGUUGCAAGUCGUCAAGAGUUGAUUGCAAUUUGAGCCAAUUUGGAAAUGAACUCAACAUUACAUGCAUAAGCACUGGGAAAAGCCAUGUCCUUUCACUGUCGGCUGAUGGAGCUCUUUCCCAGUCUCAGCAGGAGUUAUGUGUUCAGCUUUGCAGUUGAUGUAAAGAGAUGGCAGAGGGAUGUAUAAUAACUUGGUGUAUUAUAUGAUUCAUUUAUGUAACUGUAGACAACAUGCUUCUUUAGCCGCAAGCCGCAAAGUAAUGACCCAAAUUCAUGAAGUUAGUCUUCACCUAUGCUCGCAAAUUGUCAUUGUUUUUAUGUGAGUAGGAUGAAUGAAUUCACCAUUCGUAACUAGCAGCAUAGUUCUUGUAUUUUAGUUCAGAUCGUGACUAGAUUUGUUGAAGGGUGAGAUGAUGGAAAACAUGUUUUAAUAGAAUCUUAAAGAGCACUUUAUUUGGAA